GUUAAUUAAUAAUUAUAGUCAAAAUGAAAAAAAAGAAAUAGUUAUCUAAAGUUCUUUAUUUUGUUGUGAUUUUUUUAUGUUUUAUGUUUUUUAUGUUUUACGCAAAAAUAGCCGUCAAGUAUUUUUUUCUCAUUUGAAUUUUGAAAAUGCUAUGAAAGGUGCAUUUUAAUCUUGGCCACCUUGCUUACAUACCCUGAGAAUGAGAAACAACUAUAGAAUGGAGCGAAAUUUUUUAAGUCGCAAAAAAAAACAAGUCAAAAGUUACCCCUAAAAAUGGUCGUUUCCGAAAUUAUAGUAAAUCGGCGAAAAAGCGCAAAAGGUAGUACGGUACUAGUGCUAUGUAAAUAAGAAGUAGGUUAGUUUAGAGGCCGGCGUAACGACGUGAAGUGCGGGAAUCGCAAAAGCUUUUGCUUGUCUCUGCCCAUCCGGCAACGGCAGAACUUCUUCAGUGCUCGCGAGUACCGUCGGCUUCACUAUUCAGUAGUCAACCGUCCCUCUGUUAAAGCUUUUUGGUCGGUUCGGUGUUUUAAAAAAAAAAAACAUGCGCAUCGUCUACAUCGUCAGCUUGUUGUGUGCGGUGCAAGGAGAUGCCCAGUUAUGGAACUACCCUCGCAAUAUUUUAUCGGCACUCACGAGACGCGGAAAAAGUGCCGAUAGUGAAUUCAUUUCGACGACGUUAAACCCCGUCCUGGCAGCAGACUCGACGAAUUUGCAACAAACCAACGUCAAUGAGCAAGUUAAAAGUACUAAAGAAAUCAGUACGACUUCGACGGCGAUUAAAACUACCCCCGUCACAAGUAGUACCCCGUUGACAACGAUUAUUCCUACGAACAACAAUACCCUAGCGAGUACGACUUUUAUCGGUACCACAGUCACCGACGGCAGUACUACGUACGAUUCAACAACCCCCGAUUAUACCGCCACGACCGGGGAGCCGCGCGAAAGUCCAAAUUCGCAUGAAUUUUAUUUAAGCAAAAGAGACAAGCCGGAAAUAAAAAUUUCCUCCAACAUAAGCCAGAACUUGCUACCUCUACCAGCUGGAGCGGGUGCGGCCCUCGUCAAGCCGACAAAGUAUCACUAUUACCCUCACAACCAACAUAUCUAUUUGCUGCCUGAAUGUGCUAUUCAACAGGUGUGCAACGCAGUGUACGUAAGAUUGAACUGGACUCAACCCCUAUGUGCUUGUCCAUCAAGAUACAGAGAUCCAUGUUCGGCAUCAUUAAACUCCGACGAUCACCAUACCACUGAAUUAAUGGUCAAUAAGAAGUCCAAGAAGGCGUUAACUUUGGUAAAGACCUGCGAACUCACGACGGAAAUGCGUAUAUGUAGACCUCCCAGAGAUUGGUCUCUUUUGGCCCUUCAAAAUAUAAGGACCGGGAAAUCUCACUACCUAGUUAUAUGUAGGUGCCCGGACAAUAGUAUAUUAGAAGGUCCAAUGUCUCACGACCAACCGACAUACGCCAGUGUACCGGGAAUUCGUGUAUAUGGCAUGAUGUGCGUCGACAAACGUAGAGGACGCUCCUACAGGACGUCCGGAUCGCAAAAAAUGCCUCAGUUUCUUUGGAAACAAGCCCAGCAACUUGCCAAGAGUGCAAUUUGGCAAUAAUCGAUUUGAAAAAUGCGUGUGAUUACUUAUUACAAAUAUUAGGCAAUUUUUACAUUUACACUAUUUAAUCCACCCAUAUUGUUUAGUAGGUACUUUUUUAUGUUACGAUACAUUGCAAAACAUGCCUUAACUUGAUCUCAAUGUCACGAAUAAGAACUAAUUAUUAAAACCAAGACUACCAUUAGAAAAACGGUGGAUAUCCGUAUGUGAAAAAGGGAUCGGCUUAAAUAUGUAAACAUUAAUUUAUUGAUAGCUAUGUGCAAUAAUCAUAAGUGUGGGGCGUUCUAUUGAUUCAAUAAAUUAAAUAUGAAAACUGAAAAAAUAUUCUUUUAGCUUAUUACAGAAAUAAUAGUUCGCCCCGCACGUAGAUGUGCGAAUAAAAAAUAUAAAACUUUUUUUUAUUUGGUGACAAAUUGGUGGAUGCUCCGGUUUUUUUUUAUUUCGCAAAUCUCGGAACAUCAACUUUUCAUUAAGGUGGUAGGAUUUUUAGCAAGGCUUUUUACAAGUUUGCCAAUGUGUUGAUAUGUCCAUAGCCGGAAAUAUACCAAUCUAUGGCAUAUUACACACACACACAUCACAUUUUUGGAUUAAAAAUGUAUAUAACACGGGGAUCGUCUGUAACUGUGGGAACUAUAAAAGGUAACAUUUUUAUAUUCUUAUUCUGGGUAGAAGGUGCUUUAAAUCGUCGAAAUCAAAUGGUACUCAUAAAAAGCUACGUAUAUUUAAUAGCGAAGCUAAAAAUAUGUCACUAAUUUUAAUUUAAUUUUUGUAUAUACCUGCUUUAAAUAAAAUAAUUUUCCUGGCGUGGAGUUCAUUUCAAAUAUCCCGAAAUCAA